AUGUCUUCUUCAGAUUUUCGAUCAUGGAUGGAUCAACCUCAUCUAAUUCCUACAACCAGAUUAUUAACGGAAGAGUACAAAAAAGGGGUGCAACAGUUCAUGGAUUUGGCGAUUUCGCAGCCAAAAGCCAAACAAUCUGGUAAACUUUAUUGCCCUUGUAUGAAUUGUGGAAAUCGUAGAUACCUCACAAUAUCUAAAGUCUGGUCACAUCUCUAUCAUAAUGGAUUUGUGAUGGUUUACAAGAUUUGGUAUUAUCAUGGAGAAACUGAUGGAAUGAUAGAUUUUGGUAGUACUAGUGCACAACAAGGUGGGGAUAGCUUAGCAGAACCUGAAACAGUAGAUUGUGUUGAUAUGGUGAAUGAUGCGUAUCGUGAUAGUGCACCAUCGAUUGCUGAUUACAGAGAUUGA